AAUUAGUACUUUUGGAAAAAAUAAAAUAUAAGAUUUUAUUUCCUAAAUAUUUCCUAAAUCUUUUCCUUUCUUAUUCCUAUUGUACUCUAUUUAUACUCCCUUUGUACCUAUUGUUUUUGUUCAUAAGAAAAAUAAUAAAAACUAAAGUAUCGUGGUUUUUCUCCCGGUUCUCGGGUUUCCACGUAAGUCUCGGGUUGUUGUUAAUUGCUUUCAAUAUGGUAUCAGAGCAAAGCAAUAACGAAACCCUAGAAAAUAACCUAGGAGAAACCCAGAUCGAAACUGAACCCGUCGCCGCCGCCGCCGCCGCCGCCGCCGGAAUCGCCGCCGCCGUGGACGCCGCCGUCGCCGCCGCCAUGGAGAAACUGCUCCAGAACCUACAGAAACCGCCGAUCUACCCAACGGGAGUGGUUCCGCAGCCGUACGCGCCGCCGUCUGACCAGAAGUUGAUUCACGCGCCGCUCGUGUCCGGCGCGUGGGCCCACGCGCCGCCGCCGUUUCACGUCACCGCCCAUCCCGUUCCCUUCUACGCACCGUCGGAUGUCCAGCCGUCAAACCCUUCCGGCCAUCCGCAUCCUCAUGCGCCGUCUACGAGCUCCGGACAGCAUCCCUCAACCGUAAAUUUGUCAAAUCAGUACAGUAAGCAGCAGCUGUACGUUGACCCUUUACAGCAACCGCUGUUUUCUGGUAACGGAAUUGAUCAACCCCAAAACAGAUCGGACAUUGAAGCGGGCGAAUCUUCAACGCAUUCCAAACCAACCGAGUUGCCGAUGUAUUCCAAGAACCCGGUAACUUCGUUCCCUAAUUCACAGUCAAAUUAUAUAACUGGCUCUUUGGGUUCGUCUACAGGGAAUUUUUCAGGCGAAAAAUUAAAUGGUCAAAAUUAUUUUUCUUGGUCCCAAUCAAUAAAGAUGUUCCUCGAAGGUCGAUACCAGUUCGGAUUCUUAACUGGAGAGACUGUACGUCCUCCACCGGGAGACGCCUUGGAACGACUCUGGAAAGGAGAGGACUCAUUUAUUCGGUCCAUGCUGAUUAAUAGUAUGGAACCACAGAUCGGCAAGCCUUUACUAUAUGCAGCCACAGCAAAAGAUUUGUGGGAUACAACUCAGACCCUUUACUCGAAACGACAGAAUGCCUCUCGGUUAUAUACACUGCGAAAACAGGUCCAUAAUUGCAAACAAGGGACCUUGGACGUAACUACCUAUUUUAACAAGCUCUCUCUCCUCUGGCAAGAGAUGGAUUUGUGCAGAGAGACAGUUUGGGACACACCAAAUGACAGUACACAAUAUGCUAAACUUGAAGAGGCUGACCGUGUUUAUGACUUCCUUGCAGGACUUAAUCCCAAAUUUGAUAAUGUUUGUGGUCGUAUACUCGGACAAAGACCUCUUCCCUCCCUAAUGGAAGUUUGUUUUGAAGUCCGCCUGGAAGAGGAUCGCACUAAUGCCAUGGGUGUAUUGACUACCCCUACCAUUGACUCCGCAGCCUUUAGCGCUCGGUCCUCAAAUCAUGACAGUGACAAGAAUAAUGGGAAGUCAAUUCCUGUGUGUGAGCACUGCAAGAAACAAUGGCACACCAAGGAUCAGUGUUGGAAACUCCACGGUCGUCCCCCAGGAGGUAAGAAACGGUCCUCCAACGAGAAACAGAACUCAGGACGUGCCUACAUUAGUGAGACUACACCUGCUAGCACUUCUCAAUCAACUGAUCCUACUGUGAGCCAGACCAAGACUCCUACUCUGGGUGCCAUUGCUCAGUCAGGACAUGAGCUCGGGGAGGACGAUUGGCACUGCCCGGCAUAGCAGGGGACUUUACAUCCUUGAUGAUGAUACCUCAUGUAGUAGUUUGUCUAGGGUUAGUUUACUGUCAUCCUACUUUAGCACUUCUGAACAAGACUGUAUGUUGUGGCAUUUUUGACU